UUAGCUUUCCCGCCUUGCACGCUAGUGUUAUUUCAGAAGUAAUGCAAUUCUAGCCAGACUGGUUUGCGGGGGACAUUCUUAAACAAGAAGGACAAAAUAAAUCUUUCGUGUUUAACGUUUUAUACAUGGUUGCUGGAUAUCUGAAGAUGACUGCAAUGAAGAUUCUGUCAGAGUGUGCAUUUAUCUCCAUUUCUGAUGUAACAGUUGCUCUUUGUGCAGUUCUUGUUAUCUUGGUUGCCAUCAAAAGCAGAAAAAGAGAGAGGAAGGAUUUGAUCCCUCCCCCAGGUCCAACACCCUGGCCGGUUAUUGGCAACAUGCUACAGAUGGGAAACAAGCCUCAUAUCUCCCUCACACUCAUGAGAGAGAAAUAUGGAGAUGUGUUCCAGGUUAAACUUGGUUCUUUGUUAGUGGUUGUGUUGAGUGGCAUUGAUACCAUCAAGCAAGCACUGGUCAGACAAGGAGAAAGCUUUGCUGGUAGACCAGACCUUUACACCUUUUCUGCAGUAGCAGAUGGCACGAGCAUGACAUUCAGUGAGAAGUAUGGGGAAGGUUGGAUUCUUCACAAGAAAAUUUGCAAGACUGCACUGAGAACCUUUUCUCAGACAGAGGCCAAAAACUCAACCUGCUCUUGUCUGUUGGAGGAGCAAAUUUGCUCCGAAGCCUUGGAAGUCGUCGAUCUGUUCAUGGAGUUCUCUAGAAAGGAAGGCUGCUUUGAUCCCGCCGUACCUAUCAUUAGCUCUGUGGCUAAUGUAGUUUGUGCAUUAUGCUUCGGCAAGAGGUAUGACUAUAACGACAAAGAGUUUCUAACCCUAGUUCAGAUAAACAAUGAAGUGUUGAAAGGGUUUGCUACUGGAAAUGUUGCCGAUUUCUUUCCAGUUCUCCGCUACCUACCAACAAGCCCCGCAAUCAAGACUUUAGUCCAGUACAUAAAAAGGAUGAACAGUUUUAUGGAACGAAACAUCGAAGAACAUCUAAACACUUUUGAUAAGAACUGCAUUAGAGACAUCACUGAUGCCCUCAUUGCAAAGUGUGAAGGUAGACAUGAUGAAGGAAAGAAAGCUUUGUUGUCCAACAAACAAAUAGUCCACACUGUCAUUGACAUAUUUGGAGCAGGUUUUGAUACAAUAAUAGCAGGUUUACAGUGGAGUUUACUGUACCUUAUACAGUUCCCAGACACCCAGGCAAAAAUCCAACAGGAAAUUGAUGAUAAAAUUGGUUCAUGCAGGCUUCCAAGGUUUGAAGAUAAGCCAUUAAUGCCUUACACUGAGGCAUUUAUUUAUGAGGUGUUUAGACAUGCAUCAUACGUACCAUUUACAAUUCCAGUGACCAUCUGCACUACGGCAAACACCACCCUCAAUGGAUAUUUCAUUCCCAAAGACACUUGUGUUUUCAUAAAUCAGUAUCAAAUCAAUCAUGAUGUAGACCUGUGGAAUGAUCCAAAUUCAUUUGAUCCUGAAAGAUUUUUAGAUGAGUCGGGACAGUUAAAUAAGGACCUGAUUGAGAAAGUCAUGAUAUUCGGACUUGGUAAGCGAAGGUGUGUCGGGGAUGUCUUUGCUCGGUUUGAGAUGUUCAUCUUCUUAACAACAUUACUACAUCGCUUGAAGAUUGAAAAUGCAUCUGGACAAACGCUUAGCCUUUCCGCUGAUUAUGGACUGACAAUGAAACCUAAACCAUAUACGGUCACAGUUUCUCAGAGACUUUAACAAUGCACACACAACAGAACUCCAUCAUAGUACAGUGCCGUGAAAAACUAUUUGUCCCCUGCCUGAUUUUCUGCAUUUUUGCAUAUUUCUGACACAAUGUUAUUAG